GCCCUCCACGCGAACUAGACGCUCUUCUGUGCACGACAACCCCUAGACUCCUCGGCGUUUCUAACCUCACCACCCUCGCACACCCUCGUUCGUGUUCGCGUGACGCGUGUGUUCCGUGCGCGCUGCGUUAUAUCGUUCCCUCCUCGUUCCCCGGCGCAGUCCGCGCGUUAUCCUUGUUCCGGAAGGUUCGUUGCAACCAGGUGCAACUGGAGGAUAGUGUGGGCCGAGGGGGUGCGAGAGAGAGAGGGAGAGAAAGAGAGAGAGAGAGAAAUAGAGAGAGAAAUAGAGAGACAUAGAGGGGAGAAGCCAGCUGGCUCCAGGCUGCUCGCGGGAGUCCUCGAGGGUGGAAACGGUUCGGACUUUACUGUAUCUUUCGUCUAAUGCAGUGGCCUCUCCUGCCCGGCGAACUUUAUGAAAACUUCGAUAGCCGACAUCGAGGCGGUGCCAAGGUCACGAGGGAGGAGCUGAGGUCAUCCCGGCAUCUAUGUUGUGCGGCGAACUCCUGAACGGUGGCUUCGUCAGUGCCGGUGCGGUACCGGUGGUUCCAUACGGUCUCCCAGGAUUCUGGUUACCCGGUUGCCUGCGUGCUACCAGUCCCCGCCUGUUAACCUCGCCUUACUUGACCCUGCUGGCCGAGCUACUGGCCACGGGCCGCCUCGAGCUGCGAGACGAUCUCCUGGAGCUGAUGGACCUGGCAAAGAGGAGCCAUCAGGCUCCCGGCAACAACGGAGCGCCCGAGCUCGACCUCGAUCUGCACGCCGACGACAUCGACGAGAAUGUCUUUUUGGAAAACGGCCUUCUCUCCUUCGAGAACCCCAAUUACCAUCUGGAUCCAGCCCGGCUGGACGAUGCUCUAAACAGCAAUGAGAAUGACGGCUCUCUGUACGACGAAUUGUAUCAACAAUUGGUCGGCAGCGGCGGCAGGGGCGGCGAGGUGACCGGCGGCGUGGGAGGGGACGGCGGAACGAGGGUGCAGGCACGCAGAACGUACGCUACGUUGGAUUUGGGCAGCAUGGGGGUGGACGUCACCCAGGGCCCACUCACGCAGGAUUCCGUGACGGACGAUGCUUCCGACAACACGGACAACCAUAACCUAGGGUACGGCUGCGAGGGUGUGGCGGAGUCCGCUCUCGUCGACGACACCCUCAACGGGAAUCCCCGAUCGUCGUCCUCGUCGUCGAGCGCGAUCCUGCCUCGAUCUCAGCCCCUUCAGUCGGAAUCCGCGGCAUCGAUCGACGCUGCGGGCGUCUCCGGGUCUAGAAAUUAUUGCGAGAAACCCGACAACGAGACCGCAGAGAUGGGCGGCGUGCCGCACGUAGAGGGUGGCCUGAACAGCGAGCUGUACGCGGUGCCGGUGAAACGACGACAGCCGAAGGACCAGAAGAACAAUGCGAUUCUGCAGAACAAUAGCCAGGAGAAACCAUCGGACGUGGACGGCACCGAUUCCGAGGACAAAGACGAGAAUCUGCCGCCCGGCUGGCAGAAACACGAGGACGAAAACGGACCCUAUUAUUGGCAUGUGAAGAGCGGCAACAUACAGAGAGAACCGCCGGAGGCGCCGCUGCACUCGAAAACGGAGGCACGCCGGAGUCUGGUCAAGGAUAACGAUAGCAUAAACAAUUUUCACACGUUGAGUGGUAUGGUGAAUACGGUGACUCGCAGCAACACGAGCUCGGCGCUAGACCAAGAGUUGGAGAAUAAGAGGAAGGUGGAAUUGGCGCUGAAACGAAGGAGCUAUCCCGCCAGAGCGGAUUCCGAGGGCAGGGACAAACCGAUCAGAUUCGCCGUGCGAUCCCUCGGCUGGACGGAGAUCGCGGAGGAAGACCUAACGCCCGAGAGAAGCAGUAAGGCCGUGAACAAGUGUAUCGUGGAUCUCUCGCUCGGUAGAAACGAUCUGCUGGACGUCGUCGGUCGAUGGGGCGACGGCAAGGAUCUAUUUAUGGACUUAGACGAGGGCGCGCUUAAGCUAAUCGAUCCGGAGAAUCUCACUGUACUGAAUACACAACCUAUCCAUACGGUCAGGGUAUGGGGCGUAGGGAGAGAUCACUGUCGCGAAAGGGACUUCGCUUACGUAGCCAGAGACCGAUCGACCAGAAAACACAUGUGCCACGUGUUCCGUUGCGACAUACCGGCGCGCACGAUCGCAAAUACGCUUCGCGAUAUUUGUAAGAAGAUAAUGAUCGAGCGGUCCCAGCAUCAGAAUCUCGCGAAACCGGUGGACAUCAACGGACGAACGAGUUUAGCCACGAGACCCACGAAUCUGCCGACCGAACAUCGACGUUUUCACAGAAACGGUCAAGCACUAGUCACUCAAUCCUUUCCAACGCCGAUGGAGGAGCCAAAGAAAGUACUGCGAGCGCAGUACCUCGGAUCCAUGCAAGUCAGCCAAGCGACGGGCAUGGAGGUCUUGAACGAGGCGAUAGAACAUAUCGUGACAAAUACGCCGAUCAAUCAGUGGCGAAAUGUCAAUGUUGCCGUCGCUCCUAGCAUGAUUUCCAUUCUUACGCCGAAUGACGACAAGCUCAUCACCGAAUGUCGAGUACGCUACUUGUCAUUCCUCGGUAUCGGCCACAACGUAAAGCAAUGCGCUUUUAUCAUGCACACCGCGCAGGACUUGUUCAUCGCACACGUCUUCAACUGCGAGCCCAGCAGCGGGGCACUCUGCAAGACGAUUGAAGCCGCUUGCAAGCUGAGGUAUCAAAAAUGUUUGGACGCACAUCCGCAGGGCUUCAGAAACGCCAGCAGUCUCAACACUCCGAACGGUAGAGGGUUAGGCGCUACCCUGAAGUCCCUGGUUGGAUCCUUGACUGGUCGCAGAAACAAGCAGGGCGAAUCCUGAGACGAGGCUCUCUCGCUGCAGACGAUCGAUAAACGGAGAAGCGGAAUUUUCGGGACGGAAGGGGUGACCACCGCAGUGGCCGGAUAUUUUCGAUUAAUCAGAUCAGUCCCCCGACUGUCCGCUAGGAACUCUGGCCACUGCCUGCUGAGCGAGAGGUGAUCCGACACAGGCAUCUGCAGUCGCCGCUGACCCUCAAGUACUUCGGCGGCUCGCCGCCAAGCGCGUCCCUCAAGUCGCUGCUCUCGCCCUCCCUCGACACCAGGCGUAUUCAGCUCGCCCGCUGGGAGAGCAACCCCUAGGAGACACGAACGGGGUGUCGGGAUGCCGAUGUAUGCCGGGAGGCAUCGUAGGACGAACGGAUACUACUCUUUACGACGUAACGACUGAAAAUUUCGCGAAAAUUCCGCAGAGUGCUAUACUAUACCACAGCUAUAGUGGACUACGCUUACCUAUGUCGAUAUGAUGUUAUGUAUGUUAAACGCAGUGUCCGAUGAGAGGAGAAGUGGCGUCGCGGGUCUGCCGCAGAGGGGGAGAUAUUAGGGACGAUAUAACGGUCGAGAGGAUCCAAAUCCUAUCGCAUGAUCCUUAGGAGGCAGCGUAUAUCGGGUUUUGGGAGCAGCAUUCGCGGGGGAACCGAUAGAAAAGUGCAGAAGAAGUUUACUUGGGGUAGGGAGCCGGAAAGAGUGGAAGAGUUAGUUAGGGGAGAGCAAAUCGUCUGUAUAUACGAGGUGGUGAUUAUUGCGCUAAAUUUAAUCAACUUGCUCGCUCGGAUAGGGAAAGAGGAAGGGGGUAUAGGGUGGAGACAGGGGGAGAGGGAGCAAAGCCCGCCGGUGAAACUGCGAGCGAAUCUCGUUGUGUGUGCGUGUCGGAGAGUGUGUCUGCAGCUAGCAUAGUUAAGCGUAUCAUCCGCGAAGGCAUUCGAGAAGAACGGUGAAGCUAUAGAGAAGAGCUUGUGCGUAUAUAUAUAUAUAUAUAAAAAAAUAUAUAUAUAUAAAUAUAAAUAUAAUAUAUAUAACUCACGUGUGUGUGUAUUCUCGGGUGUACAGAUUAAAGGAGCGACACGCGAGGACGACGACCGGAUAUCGCACGGGACGCGCACGCGUACCCGCGUACGCGUGCGGAACACUUCCGCACACGCCAACACGUGCACCGCGACCACGCGUGCUGGGAUGUCCCCGCGUACGUAGCGCGCUUUUCCCCUCGUCUGCGGAUUGUCCCGAGCGUCGGGACCGCGAUAGGUCCGGGGACACCCUGUACGGACGUGCAGACACGCGCACGUUUACACGACGGCCGAUAGGGAGUUUAUUUUUUAUGGCGAAUUAGUAGGAGCUUUAGGGGAGAGCUUGCACCUCGGAGAUCACGAAGCCGAUACGACAAAUACUUAUAUCGCGACCGUCCUUUAGAUCAACCGGGGAGGGGGGGGAGAGGGAGGGCAGCGCUUAGGCGAGAGAUCAGUGGUGCGCAAGGAUAUCGGAACUAUGUAAGUCGCGCGAUUACGAUCACGCCCAGAACGGGAAUCACGCGAUAAUAACUAUCGGGCCGAAUUGCCGGUUUACUCUAACGAUUGUUAUCCUCGGUGAUAAUUAUUAUCCUCGUAAGUGAGCGCAAACGCUGAAUAAUAAUUGCCGCUAGAUGCGCAUGUGAUAGCACGACGAAUUGCAGCUGACACAUCGGGCCAUCGCAAAUCUUUCCGAUCGCUGUUGUCGAAGAAGUAGAUGCAUGCGAGAGGUAUGUUCGUACAAAAAAAAAUCAUUGUUGCAAAACAAUCAGACGCGUAUGAUUUAAGAGUUUCACACGCAUCUCCACAAACACACACACAUACACCUAGAAACAUAUACAGCCAUGGACUGCACCUCGCAUUAGCGACCGUCGCUACCGUAGAACUUAGUGAGCUGCAAACAAUCCAGAUCGAGGAGGAGGCACGUUCUUGCGAUGACACUUAAAUUCAAUCGUAUCGCACUGCGCGAAUCACGAUAAUAAUAUGUAUACCUUACACACACUUACAAUUUACACCGCGCGCGCGCACUGAUAACGAUUAUGCGUGAAGGGAAGACUCCGCUGUUGCUGUUGCUGAUUCAAAGACGAAACAUCGCGAUUGGACGAAACACGUGCUCUCUAUAGAGAAUAUCCUCUGUGAUAGAAAGAGAAGAAACGUGGCUCUGAAAGUUAAUAAAACGUUUGCCGACACUUGCUCAUCAAAGAGGAAGUUAUCUCUCCGUAAUGAAGAGUUUGAAUGUCAUUCGUUAAAGAACAUAUCCGGAAAGCGGCGCGAGAGAUAUGCGGUCGUACCACUGAAAAAUUGCAUCCUCCUGUUUUCCUCGAGAGAGGGAUUCUUUCACAUGCUGAGAGCACGAUCCUCGUCGUCCGGCGAGGACGGUCACGUCGUACGAGCCAUCGUCGUUGCGAGAGAUACAAAGUUGUGCGGGACCCAGAACGAAGAUAUUUCUAUGUAGCGUUUUAAGUAAAAGAAAAAAAAAAGAGAGAGAAGCGCGCAGUAAAAGAA